AUGUCCCUUUCAAACUCUCAGAACAAAUAUCCCACCACACCUUACCAAAUCAGGGUUGUCAGAUUGACAUAUUCGGGCGCUGUCAUAGCCGGAGCUCUACUCCAUACCCUUGAUUUCUUCUUUGCCAAAAGAUAG